AUGACUUCAAAAAGUUCUAACACUUCUAGUAGUCGAAAGAGUCGCCGGACAUCAGAUAGCCCUGCGACCUUGCCGAAGCGACGAUCCUCUUCUACUGCGACUCCGACCCAGUCCAACACAACCUCAUCAACUUCAACUCCAACCACCAAUACCGGCAAGCGGCGACCGUCAGCAACUACGCGCGAUUCAACUCAAACAAACGCCAGCAGCAGCGUCUUCUCCCGCAGUUCCAUCUCGACCGGCAUAACCGCCGCCUCGAGCUCAGCCGGUGCCGGUGCUAGCGCUCUUUCUCCUGCUGAUGGUACUACUGCUGGAGGUGAUAGGGACUCCUUCGUCUCCAUUGUCGACGACCCUUUCUUUCAACGCUUCCAUCCCGUCAUCACUGCCCACGCUGAGCGUGAGGCUUCCGACGAGAGCACCUCGGCCGAACCACAGAACGAUAGCGAUGACAACAACAAUAACAAGACUCAACGUUGGCCACCUCCCCGUCGAGAGUCUUUGACUAUUGGACCUUCACAAUACUGGCCACAACCCAUUUCCACAAUGGAGAGCUACAACAUUGCCAUUAUCGGCGCCGAUGCCGUAGGCAAGUCGACAUUCGUUCAGCGGGUGCUGCAAUUGUCUCGCCCGCCUGUGACAAACACCUCCAGUGCACGCAUACAGGUUGAUAAUGUUACCCACAUGAUCACACUGGUCGAGCUGGAUCUCGAGCAUUUCGAGCUCAAUCCAGCUCAGCCAAUCCAAUGGCCGAAACAAAUAAACGGUCACAUUGUUCCUCGAGUUGACGCCGCCCUCAUUCUUUACGAUGUUACAGAUGACGGCUCCAUUCGCCAACUGCCCAAAACUGUCGCCGCUCUUACCAACUCAGGUCUACCAGCUAUGCUAGGCGCUUGUAAAUGCGAUUGUCCCGAGGACGACUGGGAGAUCAAUGCGGACGAGUUAGCAAAUCACCAAUACUUCAAGCCGUGCAUUGGCCAGUACAAGAUUUCGAUAGACAGACCAGACAUUUCCAAAGCUUGCAUAAUCAGUGUCAUUCGAGCGGCUGUAAUGCAUAGACGGGAUGAGAGCGGAGAAACGGUAUCGAGAAGACGAGCACAGUCGGCAGCCAAUCUUGAAGCGCCUGAUCCAUCAGCUGGCAGGCCACUUAGUGAGCACAGCAAGCAUAGCAGGGCGAGCUCAGAUUUUUCCAUCCUUAAGACUUUUCCCAAUCCACAGUCCAACGAAACCUACCGCUUUCGCGUCGAUAAACCCGGGACCGACUCGUUUCUUGACAUCGAUGAAUCCGACUCCGAAUCCCACAGAUACUCUGACGACAUUCCCAUCCUACAACGCAAUGACGAUGUCAUCGUCGAAAAGCACCCAAAGAUUGCCGGCGUCACGUUUGAGGAAUUGGUAGACCGGUUACUAGCACCGCGAUUAUCCCGAGCGGACAACAAUUUUUCGGAUAUAUUCCUGUGUCUAUACCGAAAGUUUGCCGCCCCCGGGCAGCUCUUUUCUGCCAUUCUUGUACGACUGGAUAAGGUUCGGGACGACAAAACCGCACAUUAUCUCACCAAAACGGCAACGCAACUUCGAAUUAUUGAGGUAGUAGCUAAAUGGGUAUCGCUGUACCCGGGCGACUUUGCUCGUCCUACCACGCGACGCAAUCUCGAAGACUUUAUCAAACACUUAUCCACGGAGCCAAUUUUUGCCAUUGCAGCACAACAAAUGCGCCGCAAUCUCUUCUUCAACGUUAUUGAAGAUGAUGAUACGGGUUGGGCAAACUCGGACAAUUCUGGAGACGAAAUUGCUAGCAAGAUACUGUCCAAAGAAAUGAGCGACCUUUCCGCGGGAAUCAAUGCGUUGCAAUUCGAUGGCGAAACCGAUAGUUUGGGCGGCUCAGAGAACCCUUCUACCGACAAAGGGAGCAGGCUGGGGAAUCAGUUUCAGUUCAAUUCUUACGAGGAGUACGAAAGAGAGGCCACCGUUUUGGAGCCCUCUGAUCACCUUCCCAUGAAUAAGUUCCGUUAUCACAUAUUCAUGGACAUUUCCGAAUACGAUAUUGCUGAUGAACUGACUCGUAUCGAUUGGAUCAUGUUCUCUUCAAUACGAAUCCGUGACUUUGUGAGGCACGUCAGCUUGUCGGCAUCACAAAAGGACAAGUGCAAGAGCUUGCAAAACGUGAACCGGAUGAUUAGCCACUUCAACCACAUCGCCAAAUGGGUCGCGAACAUGAUUUUGUUGCGAGACAAGGCUAAGCACCGGGCCCAGAUGUUGGAGAAGUUUAUGAACAUUGCGCUGAAGCUGAGGCAGCUCAACAACUAUAAUGGACUGGCCGCCGUGCUGGCCGGAAUAAAUGGAACUGCCAUUCAUCGACUGGCACAAACUCGUGCCCUCGUGCCUACGGAGGUACAGAAACGGUUUGCUCGGCUGGUUAUUCUCAUGGGAACCCAAAAGAGCCACUUUGCGUAUCGGCUGGCUUGGGAAAACUCCCCGCUGCCACGGAUACCAUUCAUUCCGCUGCAUCGACGUGAUCUCGUAUCAGCAGAAGAAGGCAGCAAAACGUUCCUCGGCCCCAACGAUGAUCGUAUCAAUUGGAAGAAGUUCGAGAUACUGGGAGAGGUGUUGCUGCCAAUUAUGAAGAGUCAAGGGGCCGCGUAUCCUAAUUUGGCCAAGCAUGAAACUGCGAGAGAUUUGAUCCUGGGUUGUCGCAUGCCCGCGGAUGACGAGGAAAUCUAUCAACGUAGCCUUCAGCUAGAAAGCAGCGCUUCAGGGCAAAUAGAGCCGAGUAAGAAGAAAUUUCCGUGGUUUGCCAAGUAG